AUGUUAUCAAAUACGCGCCAACUCAAUAUUUUAUUAACAAAAACUUUAUCCGUUCACAACAGAACAUGCAGAACACGUCAGCUUUUCCAAUCCGUUUCUUCACGAUAUGUAGCUACUGAAGGCAAUAAUAAAAGUGUGCACUCUAAUUCUUUAUCAAAACCAGACCAUUGGCUUAAAAAAAUCACUUGGAAUAAGUUUUUUACCGGUGUGCCACAACUUGACGCGUUAAUUAAUGAAAGGUUGAAAAUGGAAUCUAAGAAGCAUACUAUUGAAAAUAAAUUGGAAGAGAGAAGACAACAAUUUCAGGAAAAACAAUCCCGGAGAGUUAUCAAUGAAGCAGGAGUGGAUAUGCUUCCUGAUUGGCUUUACAGCCAAGUUUUCAAUCGUACAACGCGUCCUAUUCCACCAAAAAAUCUUGUAAAUAUAUCGAUGGAACAUUUAAAAAAACAAGUACAUUAUAAGAAAAAGAAUGAUAACAUACCUAAUAUAAGCCAAUUCGAAUUACCAAAGUUGUGUGGGAGAACGAUUUCAGAACAUUUCUGGAGGAUCGGAGAAGAGCAAGCACAUCCUAUUCGAGACUUGGCAAUGCGUCUUGUAAGAACGGGAUUAUCAGCGAUGCCAUCCAAAACGAACUGGAUGUUGUCUCCGGGUUGGACGCGUUAUGAAGAAGGAAAACUUCCUAAAGCUGUAGACCAUCCAGAUGAAACUAUUUUAUGCUUUAAUAGUAAAACUUUUGAUGAUUACAAGUACCCAUUAAUAGCUUGCGCCGCUUCUUCUGCUGCUUGGUAUUCUUGGAUAUCUCCAUGUUUAAUAAACAAUGAUAAUAAUAACUCAAAAUAUCUAAUUCCGAUUGGGAACCUUAACGAAAAUAGGUUAUUCGUUGGACAUGAUGUUGGAAUUGACCGGUUAAGGGUCAAAGAAGAAUAUUGUUACAUCGGUUCAAACGUUAAUUAUUUAGACACAAAGUCUUUACAUAUUGCAGUUGGAGGCAUUUGCUCUCGAAUGCGAAAUGAUUGGAAUAAAUAUCAUAAGGCUACUGAAAACAAAGAUGAACAAUAUUUAUUACAAAAAAAUGAUUUUCAAAAAAUUUAUAAUGUCUCUUCGGUUAGUGACUUACCUGACCUGUAUAAAUUCUAUUGCGGUCAAUUUUUGAACGAUCAAAGACGUGACAUAUUUGUCAAUGGGACAUUUAAGGAACUUCAGAACAAGGAAAAUUUACAACAAGCAAUUGCUUCUUGUGCAAACAAUGUAGAGGCAGUACAUCGAGUAUUUCAAAGAUUAUUUCCAACCUUCCUAGAUGUUUGUCCUCAUCCGGUAUCACUUGCGGGAGUAGCUCACAUGGGAAGCAUGUUUUUAACGACGAACAAGGAUUGGGAUAAGUUUAUAAGCAAUUCUGAGACGACGUAUAAAAGUUUAAAUGAGUCAAUUGAAUCAACUUUAGGAGAAUUGGCUGAUAAAGCUUUGAAAGAAGGAAACAAACAUGAAGAAGGUGAUCCAUGGUUGAAACAAUUGAAUUGGAGAACCGAUGGUAAAGACCUUCCGGAAUGGUAUCGCCAAAUCUAUAACAAAAAGUCAAAUAAGGUUCGAGUGACUGCUUUAAGUCGAAUCGCACCGAUUUUGUUGAAAUUGAAAUGGUUAAAUUAUCCUGUUCAUUAUUCAAAACAAUACGGAUGGGUGUAUCGUGUUCCGAUUGGGGAUAAAAAUUUUAUAGCACAUUCGAUACCGCUCGAUUUUCUUACACAACCAGAGCAUGCCCACUAUGAGGCUCGAUUUUUAGAGGAUAAAAGUGGAUUGUAUUAUUGCAUACCAAAUAAAGUUGGAAAAACUAAUCGAUGUGGUUCUCCACUUUCUAAAAAAUAUAUAGGGGAUUUUGAAAAUGGUACUUUGCAAUCUGAUUGUAAAGCAGCCGAAAAAAUUUUGAAGUUUCGAGCGGCCUGUACCUAUUGGACUUCUAUUCGAAAUAGAAUUAAGUCUCAACUGAUCAUUUAUCCUGGUGACCCUGGAAUAUACAACUUUGGGUUCGAUCUGAGUGAUGAUGAAAACAUUGGAAUACUUUUACCGAAAACUGUAACGAUGGGAACAAUUACACGACGUAUGGUUGAAAAUACCUGGGCUGUUGCAACAAAUCCCAAGGAAUAUUUGAUAGGUUCAGAACAAAGAUCUAUGAUCAAAGCACCUAAAGGGUAUAAAAUAAUAGGAGCGGAUGUCGAUUCACAAGAAAUGUGGAUAUCAAGCUUGAUAAGUGAUGCGGAGUUUGGAUAUCAUGGUGCUACUGGACUGGGAUUAAUGAUGCUUCAAGGUAAUAAAUCUGAUGGUACAGAUUUACAUUCCAGAACAGCUAAAAUUUUGGGAAUAUUACGAGAAGACGCUAAAGUUUUCAAUUACAGCAGAUUAUAUGGGGCCGGUAUUCAGACGGUCUGGCAAAUGCUUGAAAAUUCCCUCGUUAACGUGAAAAUAGAAGACGCUAAGGAGAGGGCGGAAGAUCUAUUCAAUAAAACAAAAGGUCAGAAUGGUUAUGGUUUAUGUAAAAAUGGUCGUAGAUUUUGGUUCGGAGGCAGUGAGACUUACUUGGCAAAUCGUUUGGAAGAAAUCGCAACUUCUUCAGAACCUGUUACUCCAGUCUUGAGAUGUGGGAUAACUAAUGCGUUGAAAUCUGCAAGUGUGAAUCGAAAUUUUAUGACCUCGCGUAUUAAUUGGAUAGUUCAAUCAUCUGGAGUUGAUUACCUUCAUUUGCUUUUGGUGUCAAUGAAAUAUUUGAUUAAAAAAUAUAAGAUAAAUGCGCGUUUUAUGAUAUCUGUUCACGAUGAUGUGCGUUAUCUUGUAAAAGAAGAAGACGCAUAUCGCGCCGCAUUGGCACUUCAGAUUAGUAAUCUAUGGACUAGAGCAAUGUUUAGUCAUAUGUUGGGUAUUGAAGAUCUUCCUCUGACUACUGCAUUUUUUGCGGGUGUAGAUAUCGAUCACGUGUUUCGAAAAGAAGUUGAUAUGAAAUGCGCUACGGUUUCGCAUCAGAUUGAAAUAGAUUCAGGAAUUUGUGUUUCAAUGGAGAAUAUUUUGAAACACCAAAAGACAUUAUGGCGUGAUGGGUGCGAUGAAUUAUUGAAAUCUGAUUCUAUAAGAAAUAUAAAACCUUAUGACGCGUCUUUAUGGAAGCCAUAUCAACCAACAAACGAUGAAUUAUAUCUUAAAGCUCAGUCCAUGUCAUCUAUCGAAGAAAUAAGAAAUUUAUAUAACCAAAAAAAGGACAAUUCGGUCACAUCAAUACCAAAUGAAAUGCGACAUGUUAAGGAGGAGUAUUACCGUGCGCAUACAUACCAAAGAUUAAACAAGAAAAAGCGAGUAUUUGAGCCAUACGUUGAGACCUCUAAAGUCGAGGGACAAAAAAAUAAAAAAUCGAGGUAA